AUGGAAGACUCUUCUGAUCUCAGCCACUUGGCCGAACGAUAUGUCAGCUUGGCAGCAUUGUACCGCGACCGGAUGCGCGCCCUACGGGGAAUGUUUGACGACUUGGUGAAAUCGCUUUCUUCCAAGAUCCCAGUCCAGCUCAUUCACAAAUUAGCAUGGCUUUGUCUACACAGACUCCAUACGCGUGAAGAAACUGAGGAACUGCGCGGAAUUAGCAAGACCACCGAUAUCGACAUGUAUCUUCUCAUUUGUCUCAAUACAGUCCUUGAUCUACUUAUGGGUUGUACAAGCGGUGGUGCUAGAGUCAAAUCAAGCUCAUCUCAGACUAAGAUGCUUCACUUCCGAACACUGGACUGGGGAAUGGAUCCACUGCGCGACUUGAUCGUUCAACUGGAAUUUAUUCGAGAUUCUGACCGAGAGAAGGUCCUCGCUACGAGUAUCACCUACGUGGGUUUUGUGGGUGUUCUCACGGGUGUGAGAAAAAACCUAAGUGCCUCACUCAAUUUCAGACCUGUUCAUGACACGACGCGGAAUUUUACAUUCUACGCCAAUCACCUCUGUGUGCUUCUGGGGUUACGACAGUCCAUUUCCUCGCUUCUCAGACAAUAUAUUCUGCCUCCAAGUGACACCAAUAAUCAGAGUUCACCAUAUUCGACUUUGGAGGAUAUCGCGAAAAAUGUACCUGGGACCCCUACCACAGCAGCGUACCUUAUCUUCUCAGACGAGUCAAAAACAGUAACUAUGGAGAAAGACCAUAGGACUGCAGUCGUGCGGUCCUCAUCGUCAUUUAUUGUCACGACAAAUCAUGACCAGGGACCUAACUCAGCAUCACCGGAGGAAGUGGCACAAACAAAAAGACAGAACCAUCGAGGUCUAUCACUUGUUUCAUCCGACGGACAAGCGAUGGAGGAUUUGAUUGAAGACAGCAACGAGCGCCGUGAUUGUAUUAAAGAAAAAUGGGACAAUGAAGUCCAGGAACGAAAUGAAUCGAGAAAUAAUAGGAUCUCUGCGAAAAUUGAGAUCCGGCCUCAUGUCGAGUCAUCGGGGUCAAGGUCUUCGGUGCGCUGGAGGAAAAAGAGAGAAGAUGAGGAACUGAAGGCGGAGGCUGAGGCAAAACGAAUCAUCCUUCUGAAUCCGGAUGAUGAUUCUGAUGUUGCUAUUACGAAAACUACGUUGGUUAAAUGGCUUACGACAUUCCCGGUUGUGAAUGAAACUACUCAUUAUGCCGCCAUCAUGGAUCCGUGCAAGGGGGAGAUUGCUUGGAUAAGGCGUUAUGAUGCUAAUGAUUGGAUUGAAGGGGAGAAUUGA